AUGGCAAUAAAAAACGAAAAUGAUGGUAAAAUGAUGUUUACUGUCAUAUUUAUUGCUUCCUCCUUACUGAUUUCCACCCAUUGUUUUACUGCACUGAAACAUAAUUCUCUUGGUGAUAUUCUUAAUGAUGAUACAAUCAAUUUGAAAGAUUCAUCUGGUGGAGCAGGAAUAAAACUUCCAGCGAAACCGGUUUUUCUGAAGAAGCAUGGCAUUGAAGGCCUUAAUUAUAAUCUAGACAAUAAAUCUCGCCCAUUCAUUUACUGUGAUUUUUAUGAUGUUAGUUCGUGUGAUCCAAUGGAACGGAGUUGUCCAACUGUGAAAAUGUGUUAUGCUUCUGUAAACGAUCAUCGCUUAGGUUGCAUGGCUGCUUUGGUAAAUAACUCGUUAACACGGCAGGUAACUUUGAAAGGGUGUUGGAUGCAUGAUGGUAAUUUGGGUAACUGCGACAAUAGCCAAUGUAUUGCUGACGAACGACCGACUGGACAUGGUAACGCUGCAUUGUUCUGUUGUUGCAGCACUCACUAUUGUAAUCGACGUGUGCAAUUUCCUCCACAACGCGUAGCCACUUCAUCACCAACUACUGUAGAGCCAAUGGAAAUAGAAGAUCCAUCAUUCUUUGGUGCAGGAAGCAGAAUGUUCGCUAUUAUCAUUCUUGGCUUUUUUUCUAUUUGUGCGCUGGCUUUAUUUUGCUACUACAGUUAUCGAGAAUACAGAAACAGUCGACAUUAUAAAGAGAAGGCUGCCGAUGCAUUUUCAAUGCCCAUCGUUGGUGAUGCGAAACUGCCUUUGAUUGGAGCCAGAAAAGAUGAUAACCUAAAAAAUAUUACUAAUCUUGAGUUGGUGGCUCGCGGUCGAUUUGGUCAAGUAUUUCGUGGUGUGCUGGAGAAUGAAACUGUUGCAGUAAAAGUUUUUCCAUCUGUUGAUGUAAAUAGUUGGAUCGUUGAACAGGAAAUUUACGCUAUAUCUUCUCUUCGAAGACAUAAAAAUAUAUUGCGGUAUUUGGGUGCAGAAGUUCAUGGAAAUGAUUUCUGGCUGAUUACAGAAUUCCACGAUAACGGUUCACUGUUCGACUUUCUUCAUUUUCGCAUUUUGACCCUACAAGAAUCGUUGAAAGUAAUAGCUUCAAUGUUGAGAGGGUUGUCUUUCCUACAUGAAGAAAAAAUGAUCGAUGGCGAGCUAAAACCUUGUGUUGUGCACCGAGAUUUUAAAUCGCGAAAUGUACUUUUGAAGUUUGACUUAACUUCGGUAAUCGCUGAUUUUGGUCUAGCGUUAAAGUGUGAAAACGGUCAAAUGCCAUCAGAUGAGAAUCAUGGACAAGUAGGAACGCGACGUUACAUGUCACCGGAAGUAUUAGAAGGUGCUACCGAAUUUACAGCGUUUGCUUUCCGUCAGAUCGAUGUGUAUGCUGCUGCUCUCGUUUUAUGGGAAAUUUUAUCGCGAACAUCAAUGGAUAAAGAUGACAUAGUUGGAGAAUAUGAACGACCGUAUGAAGCAGAAGCUGGAGUGCAGCCAACAUUGCAUGAUAUGCGACGAGUUGUUGCUGUGGAGAAAAAACGACCAAGUAUUCGUGCUGCAGUCAUGGAACAUAACAUUGGUGGUGUUUUAUGGAAGACUGCUGAAGAUAUGUGGGAUAUGGAACCGGAUGGUCGUAUCACUUCUGGCUGUGCAUACGAACGUGCCAAUACAUUAUUCAUGUCUUAUGCCACUAAUCUAAAAUUUGAGAGUUCCCUACAACCAAAAAAUUUGCAAAAUGUUCCAGUACCGGCAUAUACACAAGAUUGUGGAGUAGCACCUGCAGCACUACUUAUCAAAGAUGGUUCAUUGGGUUCUAAUGGCUUCCAUGCUUCAAUGGACGAAUAUGCACAAGCUUGUUCUGCACCUCCAAAUGUUCGAUACCUUCCAACUCUCGAUACAGAAAAAGUAAUUCAAGAUAAUAUAACUCCCUUAUCAAAUCAAACUCCUACGCAUAGCACUUUACCGCUAUCAUGA